UCGAUACAUUGUACUGGUAUUUGAUUCGGAAACUUCCGGUCAGAAGAACACUGAAGAGAAACGUUCGACAAAUAACGCCGAUGGCAACACCUGGCCAUCAGUACCAACAAAUGAUGCCUGGUUCCCAAGGGCAGCCAGGGCAGCAACCAGCACCUUAUCCUGGAGUUCAGCCGGGUCCGGGGCCAGGUCCUGGCACUCAGCAGGGCAUCAUCGGACAGCCCCCGAUGCAACACCCUCCGAGUCAAAUGCAACCCCAAAUGAUGUCUCCCAGCGCCACCAAGGAGCUUAAUGCUAUCACCCUGUGUAAGAAGGGACAGGAGUUUGUGCAGGACAUUGUUGCUAAAGUCACAGAAAUAUUUAAACAGUUGCAGACAAAGCAAAUGCCACUACCAAAUGGUGUGAAUGCAACCUCUGCUACCUACAUGGACAAGCGGGGAAAACUGGAGGAGAACCUACAGACGUUGUCCAUGGGAUUUAAAAAACUUCACCUCUUCUACAGCAAGGUCAACGAAAUGAGCAAGGACUGUGAAAACCUUCCAGAAGAGGCGCUGAUACCAAUAGAAGGACAACCGUUUGAGGACAGAAUGUCCACAAGUAGCUCCGAGGUCUAUUACAGAUAUGUCGUAGACGAGAAUAGAGAGGUCAUUGAGCAACUGCAGGCGAAGAAUCGGGAGCUGAAGGGCAUCAUUGAUCAGAUGAGGAUGAUAAUCUGGGAAAUCAACACCAUGUUAGUGAUGAGGAAAACGUGACACUAGAGGACAUGGUAGUCAGAGGACAGUUAGCUCAUUAAACCCUCAAGAUUUAUAAUGAAUUAGUCCAGCCUUUGAAUUGGAAGGGUUCAAAUGUGUCUUCAGGGAUGAAUGAGUUAAAGUCGUGACACUUGACAAAGGACAUGGUGCUAGUGCGGGGACAGUAAAUAACACUAUCAGUGGAACCUCCUCAAUUCUGUAACAGAUAGUCUGGAAAACGUGCUCGACGAACUGAAUUUCGUAACAGUUGCAGUCCAAUUUAUGUUAAUUCGUAAACAUUCGAUGUUUUGACAUUUCAAUCUAAAUUUAAAGACAUUCUGGCUAAGUUACACUGUAAGGUUCUACAACAGUGAUUUGUUCAUAAAGGACAUUGAAGAGAAUGUUUGGAACAAUUUCAUGUACAGUAUGGAUAGCUGUUCUGGCCUUGAUGGUUUCGAGAUGAGACUGUGUGACAGCAAAUCAAUGUAUGUCGUAAGGUUACAUGGAGUACUGUUCUUUUGUACUUAAACUAAUUUACCCCUGUAAUGUCAUAAUGAACUAUUCCAACCUUUGAACUGGAAGAGUUCAAAUAUGUCGUCAGGGGUGAAUGAGCUAAAAGACAUGUCAAGAGAUCUGAUGGACAGGUAUAUACCAUUAUGUAUAUAGGUAUAUACCAUUAGCACAUAAGUUAUACUGACAGCUUAAACGAUGUUACCCACCGGGUACUGUCUUUCCCACAUAUUUAAUUGAACAACCUACAUCAUCAUUACACAUGCCAUUGUCUUUUCCAUGCUUUUCAUGGAGCAUCUUUUCAGCAGAUUUUUAUGUGCCGUUACUUAUUUUAUAACACUUGGUCUUGAUUGGUUUUGAAAUAUGAAAUUCUUUAAAUAUCACUGAUUUAGAAAUAACCUUCAUUUGUCAAUUAACUAUUAAAGCUCAUUUAAAAAAAUGUUUUUGUUUUGUGUUAGUGUAAUAUUUCAACUGUUCUUUUAAUAUUUUUUGUUUAUAGCCAGAAAUGUCACCAGCUGAGUUAAUACAGUGUAUGUAACACUGUUAACGUUGCUAAUACCUUUUAUAUAUGAGAGUGUACAAAAUGGCUGCAAAAAAGUAUGGUUGCUGGAGUCAAUGACCAAAAAACAAAGAGUCUCAGAAUAGUUCAUGGCAGUAAAAGGAAUCAUGUAUGUUGUCAGUGAAAAUGUAUGAAUAGGUUUCCUAUGAGAACCACAUAAAUAAUAAAUUAUAUCAAAAGAA